AAGAGAUCCUUGGUAAAAUAAAACAGAAACACUAAAUUCAAGAAUGGUUUUAAAAGUGUUAUACUUUUUAUGUUUUAUUUUUGAAACUACCCAAAUCAAUAACACGAAAAGAAGAGAAUCGGAUUAUCCGACACUUGUUCCAACAGCUAUUGAUAUUGCAAAUUUCGUAUAUGGAAUUGUUAACGGCGAAAAUGACCAAGACUCUCCUGAAGAUCUGGAGGAAGCAAAACAUGAAAUAAUCACGGUCUUUUCUGAAAAGCUAGCUGUUGUUCAAGGAGAGUUUUAUGGGAGCAUAAAUGAAACGAUGUCCUUGUCAAAAAUUAAUGAAAUUAACCACAAGAUUCAGAGUGUGCUGCUCGAUUUGAGAGCACUCUUAUUAGCAAAUGAAAGUGAUAAAAACAUUAAAAAAGAAGAAUUUCAAACACAAGCUGCAUUGAUUAUCGCAGCUAUUCGAAGCCUCCCUUCCUGUUUGGAUCCAGAUUUAUCGCAUUUAGAAUUAAUGGCUACAAAUUCUAUAUGCAAUAUGUCUGGUAUUUACAAAUUCAAGGAAUUCUUUUUCAAUCUAACACACACUGGGAUUAUUAUCGAGCUUUCUUACAAGAAAAUAACGCAGAACAGCUCUCUUGAACCGGAGUCGGAACGGUGGAACAACGAGGUUCAACAAAUGAUCGAUUAUUUCGAAAGGGAAGAUUCAACGUGUAAAAGCAGUUUCCAGACAAUACUUAGAAGCGACAUGGAAAACUUCGACAAUGUCAAAGAGUUAUCAAAUAUAUUGCACCAGAAGUAUGUUUGGUACAUAAUAGACGUAUUUAUCUUGCAAGAUAAAAGAAGCGGAGAAGAAAUGUACAUUGAGGGCAAGGAAACGAAGAUGAUGACUAUGAGUGUAAACGGUCUACGAAAAUACUUAAUCUAUUCAGACAGACAAACCAAACCUAACACCAUAAAGUGUGUUAUAUUAAAAACGAAUAUUCAGACGCCUCUUGGUGAUAUCUUUAUUCUCGACAGAGACAGCCCCAUACCUGAAUAUGUUUCCACAACUGAAGGUAACUUCAAAAAGACGUUGCUGUACAAUGGGACAGACAAAACAUGUCAUCCGGAGGUUGUAUCGGUUGUUGGUGAUGAGGGUGACUGGAAUGAACGUGGUGAAUUAACGAACGGAUUAAGCACCGGUGCAAUUAUUGGGAUAGUUGUCGGUGGCUCACUAGGAUUUCUCACUUUGUCUUUUUGUUGUUUUUAUUGUUUCAAAAAGUUCGGUUGACGUGAUGGCGAUUAAUACCGAUUGUUAGUACAAUAUAUGUAUUUAUUUUCCUACAAUUAUGAAGAGCAAAACGUAUUUACAUACUAUAUGUGUAUAGUAAAUGUUUGAUCUGUUCAAUAUUUAUGUAUGCAAUUUAAUGUGGUUGAUAAUCAUGCAAUUCAUCACAAUGUGUAAUACAAAAUACAGUAAUGCAUAAUUAAUAUCUGAUAUGGUACAACCCAUACUAGUUUACAUGUAUACGGGAAGUACAUUCAAAUAAGGCGCUAUAGCAUAACACCUAGCACAUGCAACCAUUACUUCAUAAUUAGUUAAGCAAUCGUAACUACUUGCCGAAGCAACACUUAACGGAUACUGACACUGGUCAGCAUAGGGCAUCGACAUAAAUAAGCUAAACAUGCGAAUACCAUACGCUUUAAUGAUAAAGUUCAAGUAGAUGGAGUUUAUUUCUGCCAUUUGUCUCUCAUAUGACAAAAACCAAGAACAUAUUCAGUCAUGUUUUCAGUCAAUAAACUGCACAAGUUACAUCGCUGUGGAUAUGGACGUGAAACAACGUUUCCGAUAGCAUUUAUGAUUUUUACACAUAGUGGAUGAACAUUUGGACUGUUUCUGGUGAUUCUCCAAAGAGGGGAGCAUUUAUUUUCAUGCACAACAUUUUCAAGUGGUAGGUUACCCCCAUACGUUCGUUAUAUCAACAACAAAAAUAUGUUUUACGGGUCGAGUUACGAUAAUGUCAAGUAACUUCUUCCAUGUAAACCACGAUGGAAAUAUGGCAUCAUUUACAUAUGUAUUAACGUAGUAUAACAGGCUACAUUUUGUAAAUAGUCUGUAAAUGUCAGGUAUAACUACAAACUGUUUAUCAAAUUCAGAAAUCGCACUAGCCUAUUCACAAAUAACUCCUUGGCUAAAAACUUGCACAGGAGCCGACAUAACUGGCCAAAUUGUUGAAGUUUCAGCAUAUUCAAUGAACACAGUGAAAAGUUAAAUGACAUACUUUUUCGGAAGGCUUGCAUGUGCGUAAUACAAUGACGAUGGGCAACUUCUAACUUUCUCAUGUCAUUUGUCGAGUGCUGAUUCCACAUUUCACAUCAAUAUAACGCUUUUGGAAGGAUUUCACACUGGUAUAUUGUCCUCAAUGUUAUAGAACUGAUCUUUUUAGGACAUAAUGCCACUACUACAAAUGCUGAAGUCAGUCCCUCUUAGCUUAAUACACGCUUCGUGCAUUGAUUGUGUGGCAUAUAGAUAUUCAUCACAUACAACACCCAGGUGCAUGUAUUUACCAACGGUGGAAACUAAAUUCUGAGGUAGUGAAAAUGUUUGCUGUGGUCUGGUAAUGCUACUUGAGAAAUUACACACAACAACUGAGUAUUUACUUAGGUUGUAAAAAUACCGCCACCGUCUAGAACAGUCCCAACAGAUGUCUAGCAUGUUAUCCAGUCCCGUUUUAGAAAAAGACACCAAGACCAUGUCGUCCGCCACUGUCGGGGAGCACAUCCUCAGGUCAUGGAUGCAAAGACCAUUACAAUUGUUUAUAACUUGUGCUUAUGAGUGAUCUCUUUUUUAAAAAUGUUUCGA